AUGAAAGUAAAUCAGACAUUAUGGCUUUCGCAGAAGCGUGGAUGCCUGAAGAUAUUGCAGAUUCGGAGAUAUCACUUAGAGGAUGUCAGCAAUUCAGGAGAAAUAGACCAAACCGAGGAGGAGGAGGAGGAGGAGGAGGAGGAGGAGGAGGAGGAGGAGUCAUUAUUUAGGUCACUUGCAGACUGACCUCAAUGGUUGAGGAACAUAGUUGGGUGCGAGAUUUUGAACUGUUAAGCAUCACCAUAUCUGCUAAGUAUGGCCAACCAACAAUGCAUUUGGUGGCGUACCGCUCGCCUAACCAGACUUCUGACCAAGAUUUUACUCUCAUUACCGAAUUGUAUAAAGCCAGUGAGAAGAAAGUUGUGCUCAACGUUGGGGAUUUUAACACUCCUGGCACUGAUUGGCAAACAAGGACGGCACAACGGCCGCAAAACAACUUUAAUCACAAGCUACUACAAUAGGCAACGGAAAAACUUCUCCGCCAGAACGUUACCGUCGCAACGCUGGCUAGGGCAGGGCAACAGUCGAACUGUCUUGAUCUUAUUUUAUCCGAGAGGAGGAAAAUGUGUUAGGCUUUCAUGGCCGACCGCCAUUAGGGUUAAGCGACCACAUUACGUUGUUCUGCGAGAAUUGGCUGUUUUUCGAACCUAUUCUGUCUGAUAAGUGGAAAAGAGACGUUUUGAAGGCGGACUAUUCACUCGUGAGCAGAGAAGUGUCGGAGGUUUUCACGGGAGACAGAACUGCAUGGCGGGCCAAACGAAAACUGGAGGACUUUCAGUCCCUUACUAAAAGGGAUUGUCUAUCUCAACUGUCCUCCCAGAAGAAAGGCAAUCGCGAACCGCCCAAAGUGGAUAAACUCGAACUUCCAGGUCUCUUUCCAAAAAGAAAUCGCCUUUGGUGGCGUUACAAACUAACCGAUUCCCAAGAUCAUUUACCCGAAUGCAAGCAGCAGCGCAAAAUUUGUAAAAACGAGGCUCCCAGGCUGCGAAGGGAAUUCGAACUGUGCAUACUGCAAAAUUCGUUGGAACACCCGAAAACUCUAUAUGGCUGCAUAAGGAGUACUAAAAGAGUUCAGAAACUGAUCCCUGCCUCUAGGUUUGUAGAGGCAAAACUGGGGAUCGACGACCAGGUUAAAACAUCCCUCCUUUCUAAUUUCUUUCAGUCCCGAGAGCCUGAUUCUUUACUUGUCCCUUCACACGUUCGCCCACCAACGUCUCCCCCUUCUUCUACUUCCCCUUUCCCUCUCCAUUCCCUUCUCAGUCGAGGAACCGCACUUUUUAUCGGCUAUGGUGAGGGUCGAAUCACCUCGACCGAAGACUGCCAGAUAG